GUGUUGGUUACAGCUGGGCUAUCUUGGACUUCUUUCCUGAUGAGGCAACAGUUUGUUGCGAAAGCUUGAAUUUUGUGUGUAUGUUUGUGUUUGUUUGUGUGUCUAUCGACCUGCCAGCACUUUCGUUUGAAUGAGGUGGAAAUUUGACUCUGAUGAGUACCCUGACCAUAAAUUCAGAAUAUGAAAGCAAUAACUCUGUGUCUAUGCACAUCUUGGACAGCGUUGUUGUUCGUCCAUGAGCUGCUUGCUGAUGGAGAAGUCUCAUUAUGCACUGAGGAAGGUCUUUUCCCACGAUCUGAUCAUUGUCGUCUCUUAAUUCUUUGCCUAAAAUCUAAAACACAAGGCUCUCAAUUUAAGGAGUACCUACUUUCUUGCCCAUAUGGUUUGAAUUUCAACCACUUUAUGAUGACAUGUUAUGACUUCAAACAAGAAUGUGCACUGGAGAAAGGACAUGGUGUAAAUCAGAAACUUGCUAAGGCAUGGUCUCUUACACUGCCAAACGAAUCAGAAUCUUGUAGAGGAGCCAAGGCCCCAUUCUGCACAGAUGAGGAAAGGUUGACUAUCUGCCAUCCUUUCUCUAAAAAAGUUCUGGGAUAUGUGAACUGUAAGGAAAAGUAUUCUAAGUGGAAAUGCCACAAUAAAUCCCAUUUAAUUGAGAGAAACAGAGCAAACUUUUUGACUAAAUUGACUGACUGA